UUCACACUGCUCGUGGUCAUGGAUGCGCAUCGGUUCAUAUAAUGUCAUUUACUACCAAUUUUUCUCAGUAAAUAACCGUGGAAGGGGACAUUUGUGAACUAGUUAUGUAUAAAUUAUUCAGUAGAUUGUCCACUUUAGCCAGGGGUGUUUGCCAUACACGUGCGGAUCCGCUGAACACAGCGAUUCGUCCACUAAACGCAGCCCUGAGCCACACGGAGAGCUCUGCUCCAGUCAGUCUGCAGGGGGCGCCGCAGAGCGAUGACUCCGCGGACACCGAGGCCUUCAGUUUCUAUCCUCCCUUUCCUGGCCAAGAAAGCUCCUUGCGAUGGGGAGGAAAGAAAUAUGAGGAACUUCCAAUUGCCCACGUUAAAGCAACAUACAACAAUACACACAUCCAGGUGACUGACCAUAGCGGCAAUCCUCUUGUGCGGACAUCUUGUGGAACUGAAGGGUUUAAGAAUGCUAAGAAAUCAACCCCCAUUGCAGCUCAGACAGCUGCAAUAUCAGCUGCAGCGAAGGCACAGGGGAAAGGUGUGACAUAUGUACGAGUGGUACUGAAGGGUCUUGGCCAAGGCCGUGCGUCUGCCAUAAGGGGAUUGACCAUGGGCGGUCUGGACAUCGUGUCCAUCACAGACAACACCCCAGUGCCCCACAAUGGGUGCCGGCCUCGUAAGGCGCGUAGGAUGUGAGGACAAUACACGUACCCCAAGGACAGCACAGUCUGUCCAUUAGUCACAGCAAAUAAACUGUCAUUGCUAUUAUUAAAUCUUUUCUGUCAGCAUCUGGAAAUAAAAGCUUUUCUUUUGCUUGGUAAUACAUUAGCGUAAUUUUGGUGGGGGGGUGGGUGAUUGGUACAUUUUGAAAAUUGCUAUUCGUUAUAAAAAUGGAACCAGUGCUAUUUUUGAAUAGUAAGAUUCUACCUCUAAUUUGGGGUUGUGAGUAUGUAUAACUUGGCCAUGAAUGCACUAGUUUCACUCCGCUCCUGGUCAGUGAAUCAUGAUGGGCACCCAAGGACUCAGUGGACCAAAACAUGUGUCAGUGAAGUCGUGUAGAAUUUUUUUUUUUUUAUAAAAAUAUACAAAUGUGAGCUAUUAACUACUCUCAUGACUCACGGCUCCCUUGUUUUUCAGAACAUAAAGUACACAGGUGGUGCUGUGCACUGAAAGUGUUUGUAGUGAGACAACACCCAUUGGAUGCCUAUACUUAGUUUUAAGACAUUUUCUUCAGUCCUCAUUUCUGUGGUCUUUUUUUUCCAUGUCUUAGCUUUUUUCAACAAGGGUUACAAAGUGAUGUUUCAUUGUAGGAAGUGAUGCCUUUCUGCAACAUUUUUUGGCUAUUUCCUGACUUGUAAGUUGGUAGUUCAUCACGAAGUUAAGACGGAGUUAUUCAGUUAUAUUUCACAAGGGCCAAGUUUUGAUCCAGAGCUCAAUUAUGCUGUGCAUCUCUAAAUAAUGCUAUCCCUCUGUAAGGGUGCUAACAGUUUGCUGAAUGCGUCACUCUGUGAGAUUUACCUGCAGAAGCAAGGUAUUAACUUGCCAUCCUCAUGGCUAUGAAAAUCCAUGGAACUUCCAGCCAGUGUAGGGCAUGGGUGCGUAUCAUGUUGAUAAGGGUUCUAAAACCGCUCUGCUUUCAAGGGCAGGGGUUUUCGGUUCUGAUUGUGGCCUCCCCCUGAGUAUCGUGAUUUUUGUUCAAACUGACCUUCUCAUUAAUUAACCUUGAUUUAGCUCUUCAUUGAAUGAAUGGCAAUCAAAUGUUAAUUUAAAAAUGACGUUAGUUGGACUCUAUAAUUUGUAUUAGUCUAGGACAAAGCUCUUAAACUCACAGUCCUGGAGGGUUCAACUACAUGAUUUCAAGUUCCCGUCUUGAUUGAACCCGUUUAACUCCUUUUCAAAGCUCUUAGAAGUGUGAGGAGAGUUGUAGCCCAGAACUUGUCUCUUCUGAAACAUCAAGUAUUGUGCAUUUACUCAUAAAAAUCUAGCCCUUAUCCCUUAGGAUAUACAUUGCAGAAUAAAAUUAGCAGAUACUGUGGUGCUUCAAGUUGUUGCAAUUUGAAGGUCCCUGGUUUCUUGUUCCUGUUGUAUUGCCCUUGAGCUAGGUACUUUAUUAUUACUAUUAACCCUUACUUUGCUUACACAUCCUUCUAAUGUAACUUAAAUGUUGUAGUUGUGCAUUGAGUGACUUGUUCCUUUAUACAACAGGUGAUUAUUUAUUGUAGAAUUUCUGGAUAAGUAAUAUGAACCAGAAACCUUUAGAUUACAAGUUAUCUGCAUUAACCACUAUGUAAACCACUGAGAUGUCCCACUAAGUAUGUCCUUCUGUAUAAAUGGAUCGAUCAUUUUAAAGUUUAUAGCCUAAUAUUGUGAUUUGCUUUAGAUGAAGAUCUCAGCUAGAUAAAACUUAAUGGCUGAAGUCAAGAUGCUUAUAGUUAACGUUUUGGUUUAAUGUUAGCGAAAAAGUGUAUUUGCUAAAGUUUUAACUACCAUGUGGUGGAUACCAGAAAAGGUUGACAUUCCAAACAGUUUGGGGGAAGAUAUUUUGCUGCUAGAGUGAAAGAGUGUGUGUCUGUGUAAAUGCAGGUCUUCGUUUUUUUGAGAGCAUUUAAGCACUUUGUUGAAUUAACAAGCAAAUUCAUUUUGAUUUUGCUUUCAGUGGUUUAAAUAGAACUGUAAGAUCUCCAUAUACAUCAUGUUCCUGAACCAGGGCAGAGGACAGGUGGUGCUCUGAUACCUUGAGAUGAUGCAUUCCUUACUCAAUGUUCAUCUCCAUGCCUGUCCAUUUUUGGUGUCAAACUAAACACCAGAUAUGAGUCCUGCUCUGGCUUUCAGAAAACACACAAAUGUUUACACCCCCCAUCCUUCCCAUCUUACUUGAAUUAAUAAAGAUAAACAAUCACUGGGGCACAGAAGGUGCUAGGCCUGCGUUCUGCCUCUAGCAUAAAGACAUUUUAUUUUCGUCCUCAAAGGCCUAUUUCUCCUGGAGGCAUGUGAUGUGUUCGAGCAGUCAGACUUGUGACCACAAGAUACUACGUUUGAGUCCAUGGAGAUGCAGCACUGUUGAACCCUCAAGGUGACUGACCUGAAUGGCUUCAGUCCAGUGGUAUAAACUGGAGAAAAUGUAGAUUUGGAAACUGAAGUACUGUGUCUGAAAUGCAAAUAAGAUGCUUUUUCUUUUUUUUUUUUUUAGCCAGAGUGAGCUACUCGAGAAGCUUAACACCUUUUUACAUUUAAAUUUUAUGUUCCUUUUAAUAAUUGCACUGCUCUUUUGCAUUUCUCAUUAUUCUAUAAUUUUGCUCUGGUUUCCUUUUUCUUUUUAAAAAAAAAAAAACAUGUCAGCCACAAAACUGCUGCUACAUUCUUCUACUUGUAUUGCCCAGGAGUUCUUGGAUUUCUUUCCAAGCAUCAUCGUUUUCUCUUAUUUUAGUCUGAUAAAUCUUUUCCUU